GAGGGGUGUAAAUGACAAGGGGAGCAAAGGUCUGGGAGAUAAGGGAAGGCAGUGACUGCAUAGGGCUUAAAGCAGGGCUUCAGUGACCUGAUGCUGUGGCUGAGGAGUGGGUUUUGUAUGGCCAGGAGAGCUCAGCGUGGCUUCACCCAAAGGAUCGAGGCAGUGGGCUGAGCACCAGCGCAGCUCCUGCGUGUGUCUGCCUUCCCCUUGAGCUGAAUCAGCCGCUGUAAAACACAGCUUUCUCACCUGCUGUUAAACCACCUCACGCGUGGAAGUGACCUUUGUCUGCUAAUAAUUGGAAAUGGGGUGUGGGAGUGAUUAAAAAGACAAAAACAAUACCCAGAACUUCUAUCUGUGUAUCUCAAGGCGGGUUCCUUUGCUGCCAGGAAGCAGCUGGGAGCUGCUGACCCGACCUGUCUGCGGUCCUCCAGCAUUCAGACACUGCAAUGAAAUUGCUGGAGAAGGAGCUGGCAGUGGAGGGCAGGGCACGGCUGUCACGUGCUGCGCUCAGCGCCGCGUUCGCCCGGACAGGCAGGAGAGGCAGAGCCUCAGGAGCAGCACCUCGCAGCCACGUUCCUUCUGCAGGUGUCUCCAUGUCUCAGCUGUGCAGCUCCUGGGACUUAGACCAGCAAAGCAUGGCGUAUCUCCCCGAUGCAGAGAUGGAAACCAUGGCUGCCAGCACAUCCCUCCCAGACCCGGCUGCUGAGUUUGAUCGCAACGUGCCCCGAAUCUGUGGGGUGUGUGGGGACAGAGCCACCGGCUUCCACUUCAACGCCAUGACCUGCGAGGGCUGCAAGGGCUUCUUCAGGAGAAGCAUGAAGAGGAAAGCGAUGUUCACCUGUCCGUUCAACGGGGACUGCAAAAUCACCAAGGACAACCGGCGGCACUGCCAGGCCUGCCGGCUGAAACGCUGCGUGGACAUUGGGAUGAUGAAGGAGUUCAUCCUGACGGAUGAGGAGGUGCAGAGGAAGCGUGAGAUGAUCCUGAAGCGCAAAGAGGAGGAAGCGCUGAAGGAGAGCCUGAAGCCCAAGCUGUCGGAGGAGCAGCAGAAAGUCAUUGACAUCCUCCUCGAGGCCCACCACAAAACUUUCGACACCACUUACUCCGACUUCAACAAGUUUCGGCCCCCUGUGAGAAGCAAAGUCAGCAGCAGUGCAGCAACGCAAUCCUCCUGUGUCGUGUCCCAGGAUUUCUCCUCGGAGGACCCCAAUGAUGUUUUUGGCUCUGAUGCCUUCGGUGCAUUCCCAGAGCCCAUGGAGCCCCAGAUGUUUUCCAACCUGGAUCUUUCCGAGGAGAGCGAUGAGACCCCCUCCAUGAGCAUCGAGCUGCCCCAGCUCCCCAUGCUCCCACACUUGGCUGACCUGGUCAGCUACAGCAUACAGAAGGUGAUCGGCUUCGCCAAAAUGAUCCCCGGAUUCAGGGAUCUGACUGCAGAGGAUCAGAUUGCCCUGCUGAAAUCCAGUGCCAUUGAGGUGAUCAUGCUGCGCUCCAACCAGUCCUUCACCUUGGAGGACAUGUCGUGGACCUGUGGAAGCAACGACUUCAAGUACAAAGUCAGCGAUGUCACCCAAGCCGGCCACAGCAUGGAGCUCCUCGAGCCGCUCGUGAAGUUCCAGGUGGGCUUGAAGAAGCUGAACCUUCACGAGGAAGAGCACGUGCUCCUCAUGGCCAUCUGCAUCCUGUCCCCAGAUCGACCCGGCGUUCAGGACACCUCGCUGGUGGAGUCCAUCCAGGACCGCCUCUCAGACAUCCUGCAGACCUACAUCCGCUGCAGGCACCCCCCGCCCGGCAGCCGCCUGCUAUACGCCAAGAUGAUCCAGAAGCUGGCCGACCUGCGCAGCCUCAACGAGGAGCACUCCAAGCAGUACCGCUGCCUCUCCUUCCAGCCCGAGCACAGCAUGCAGCUCACGCCCUUGGUGCUCGAGGUCUUCGGCAACGAGAUCUCCUGAUUCCAGCCGUGGGUUUGAGCACCCGCGUCUAAAGGGAUAAGUCAGCCUUGGCCCCGAGAGGAGGGCUGUGACCCUGGGAGGAGGUUGUACAUAGUUUGGUUUCACACUACUGCAGGUCCUGCUUUGUUUUCUUGGCCACGGCGGCCGAGGUUUGCUCGCUGCAGACCCAGAUCUGUGCAUUUCCCCCCCCCCCCUCCAUGAGUGUUUCUUUCACUCGUCUGCAAGAGCUGACUUAUCCCUUUAUGGAUGUUUUGAGGCUGGGUUGCCUUGAACCACUUUUUUUCUGACCAGAAACUGGGGCUGCUCGGAAGGAGAGGCUCAGGUUUUGCAGAUUCAUGGCACUGGGGAACCAUCGAAGGCACCUGUUGAACCUGAGGGACCCCUCCGCUCACCCCCGAUUUGAGAAAUGUGAUGCUGAUGGAAUUGCACACCCCAGACCCAUGCAGGAAAAUGCUGAGGCUGCUCCUCAGAGCCCCACAGACAGCGGUGAGAGGUUGGAGAAGGGAACCACAGCCAGGAACAGUCAGCCGGGCUGUGAUGUGUGUUCCCAGCACUACUGCCACCCCGUGUCCCACAUCAGCCCCACUGCUGACACCAUCCUGUAAGGGUGUUGUCUGUUGUCACGUUGAGGCCAGGCGGAGCUAAAUGGGCACGCUGAGGUUUCCUGUGCAAUGCUGGAGCUCUGGAAGGUGCCCCAUCCCCGCUGACCCCACUGAAGCCACUUCUGCAGGGUGGUGGUCCUUCAGGAGGGGUCAGUGGGAGCAGCGCCAGCACGAGGAUGGAUUUGGGGCCAUGAAAUGCAGAGGAGCAGCGGGAGCUGAGUGCCUUGGUGGGACGCCAGGCAGCACCGUGUCUGGGGACACACAGCGGUCACGCUGCAUGGACAGCGGGGGGUGGGGACCCUGCAGGCAGCCGGACCUGGGGACAGUGCCUGGGGAUGGGCGCUGCACGGUGGGCACGGGGGGCAGCGGGGCUCCAUCUCCGUGCAAAUAAACGUGGCGUGGGAGCAGCA